AUGGGCAGCGCUCCAGGUGCGGCCACAGUGACUCCGCAGGAGCACUUCAACAACAUAGCAGCGAUCUAUGAAAAAACGACAGGAGGCUCAACCCGGGUGAUUGCCAGGCAUCUUGCUGAGAUAUCCUCGCCUAUCGGUAGGAAUUCGAGGAUCCUGGACAUCGCAUGCGGCACAGGAGUCGUUAUCGACGAACUGCUCGCGAAAAUAGAGGAUAGUGAUGUUCGAAACACCCUUCUGAUCGAAACCUUCGAUGCAGCCCCUUCAAUGAUAGAAUUGGUCAAGACAAAGGUUGUUCAAAGCAUCUGGCAGCUACCUCCAGAUCAUAUUCGCGCAGAUACUUUGGCAGCGGAGGAUCUGGAUUCAAUAUUGUCAGACAAUUUUGACUAUUCCUUCGCGAACUUUGGAUUCCAGUUCUUCAAGGACGUGGACAAGGCAGCUGCGCAUGUUUAUCGGACAUUGAAACCUGGAGGUAAAGCAUAUAUCACAGCUUGGAAUGAUCUUGGAUAUAUGAAAGCUGUUGAGGAAGCAGCGGAAGAAAUCCGGCCAGGACAGCCAAGUCCAAGACUGCCUUUCGAGGAUGCUUGGUUCAAAGACUCGCACCUAACCAAUAUUUUCCAGAAAGCAGGCUUUCGGAGCGUGGAAGUGCAUCAGAAAGACAGCGUCUAUACCUCAGGCUCAAUAGGCGAUAUGGCUCAGAUCCUGUCGGAAAUGAUGGCGACAAUGCUAAAACUACAAGGCUGGACAGACGACGAAAUGGGCAGGCUUCCUGAUGCGCUAAAGAAUGCGUUCGGUGGAUACACGGAGGGUUUGGUUGUCGACGAAAACAAAGUACAGCUGAGGAUGAUGGCAAAUGUUGCGGUUUGCGCAAAAUAG